AUGAACCGAUCAGAAGUCUUCAGCCACAUCAUCAGCUUAGCACAAUCCAAGCUACUUUGUUCAAAUCAGCUGCCCCUACCGCAAAACCUCACCGAAUAUCAAGCCCUCGCAUUGCUAGGUACUACAAUCCAGCCAAGGCUCAGCGGCACUUUGCACUUGAACUCCGAGCUAGUUUCAUCGCAUGCAGCUCAUUGUGACUACAUCUCACCCGGUCGUGACCUGAUUCUCGCUAAUUACCCCUCCCAGUUUAUCUUGGCAUCUGCAGCGAAUAGAACUUUGGCAGACAAAGAAAUGCUCAUUUGCUGCAUCAAGAAGCUAACUGCCACUCUGCGCCUCGGACUUGAUGCCAGGGGAGUUGCUGGAGAGCUAGCCAGCAGGAUCAUUUUAUCAUGUGCGAUGCGCGAGGCUAUGCGAAAAUCGAAGGAAGAUCCUGUCGAAAUACCUUACGGUCGCUCAGUUCGAUUGGCCGACUUUUUGAAUGCUUUAACCGGUCGUUCGGAAGACGAGUUAGAGCUUGAAGGCGACAUGGCUCCGUUACAGCCGAAAGAUGCACAACGAGCCUCCCAAGUUUUCCAUGGUUUCAAGGGCUAUGCGUGUCUUCCUGAAGGCGUAGCUGAAGCUCUAGAAGAAAUGAUACAAGUCGAGCCGGAUUUACGGUCGCUUCAUCAAGAUCAACAUGGAAGGGAAUACGCCCACACAAUUAACCCAUUGGUUUAUACUGGUCCCCAGAGCUAA